UUCACUGCGAACAGCAUCUAACCACAGCGGCAUGACACGCCUAUGGCUCCGUCGCCGUACUACGCCGCCUUCCCCGGCAACGGCGGGUACAGCCCUCGACCGACCAACGAAUCGGUAGUGCAGGAAUACACUUCACCGCAGUCGACCUCUUCUACACCGGCCCGUACGCCCGAAUACCGUGUCAAUGGACAUCAGGCCAGCGCAGCAUGUGGGCACUACGAUAUGCCCCCCACGCCUGAAUAUGCGAGGGAAAAUGAAGAGACGGAGUUUGAGGAAAUGACCAACGCCAAGAUCAUGAAUCUGGUCGAAAAGCAUGGCAUCAAGCGGCCACAGGGCACGCGCGUCUCAUAUCACUACAACAGUGGCGUGGAGGACAUGCAUUUUGGCAGAACACAUCCCAUGAAACCCUGGCGUCUGACAUUGACGAAGCAUCUCGUGCUGGCAUUCGGCCUACAGCACACCAUGGACACGUACGAAGCCAUCUCUGCCGGCAAAGACGAAGUCUGCAAAUUCCACGACCCCGAUUACGUCGAUUUUCUCUCCAAAGUGUCGCCCGAGACGUUUAACGACCUCUGCCAGGAACCACGCUUUCGUAAGAAGAUUCCUCCAAAGCACGAGGGAGACACGGUCGAGCUCGGCCCCUACAAUCUUAGUACGAGUCCAGGUGCCGACUGUCCAGUCUUCGACGGGAUGUCCACGUAUUUGUUUCUGUAUACUGGAGCCACACUCAUGGCCACAUCCCAGCUGACAUCCAACAAUUCCGAUAUUGCCAUUAAUUGGUCUGGAGGGUUGCAUCACGCACACAAAGGUGAAGCCUCCGGCUUUUGCUAUAUCAAUGACAUCGUCCUAUCCAUUCUCGACUUAUUGCGAAAAUAUGCUCGUGUUUUGUAUAUCGACAUUGACGUGCAUCAUGGUGAUGGCGUCGAGGAGGCGUUCCAGCGACAUCCACGAGUCAUGACACUGUCCUACCACCGCUACGGACCAUAUGAUGAGACGGGACAUAAGUUCUUCCCCGGAACAGGUGAUCUGACAGAUGUCGGUCUCAAAGGCACACCCGGCGAGCGCUUCGCCAUGAAUGUGCCCAUUCCUUCUGGUAUCGACGAUCGCCAAUACAGCAAGCUCUUCGAAUCCAUUACCGGUUCCACUGUCGAAGCAUUCAACCCAGGCGCCAUUGUUCUCCAAUGCGGUGCCGACAGUUUGGGCGGCGAUCGCCUUGGCCAGUUCAACAUCAACAUCAAGCAGCAUGGCGAAUGCGUCAACUUCGUCAAAUCUCUCGGCAGACCUCUCCUUCUACUUGGCGGCGGCGGAUACACAGCACGCAACGUCGCCCGAGCUUGGACUCACGAAACUGCACUAUGCACACAAAACACCCUUCCAGACAAGAUCCCGCUCGACUGCGUGCCCAGACCUCAAGCUUUCCAGGGAAGAGCUCACGGCGAUGGGAAAAUGUACCCCAGCUUUGAACGAUUGCAUAAGAACGAAUGCAAGGACUCGGAUCUGGAAUAUCAGAUCAAGAUGUUGCAGGAGAAUCUGAAGUACGUGAGAAACAGUCCGUGGGUCAAGUUGGAUCAGUUGCCGACAAAUAGUCGGAUGGAGGAGAUCAUGGAGGAGUGUGACAGGAAGCUAGCACAGAGGAAGAGGAAGACUUUGGAGAGAAACCCGGCGGGUAGGGGCGAGUAUUGAGCGAAUUCGUGAGAAUAUUUGACGAUCGUUCUACACGGAGAUCGACUACUGCGCGAUGAUUCGAUACGCACAUGACAUGAGAUGAUCGGCGUCUAUGGCGCUUUGAGGAUAGGGAGAUACCAGGUCGUCUAUUGGCUCUACUUUGACUGAAAUGAAAUGAUG